AUGACGCGAGCUUAUACUGUGAAGGGGAAAAAGCGAAAGAACAAGGAAGUGUCAGCGAAGUACGACCGUGAAGAAGAUGAAGAAGAACAAAUCCAACCUAAGAAACCAGCGAUUCAGAAAGAGGAACCAACGCCGGUAGUUACAAAAACAGAGGAAAAUAGUGAACUUGCAGGUAUUCCAAUUGCUCCUUCUACUGUAAAAAACAGUGAGGAACCGGGUGUUAUUUUCGUUCUCGAAAAAGCUUCUUUGGAAGUCGCUAAAGUUGGAAAGACUUAUCAGCUUUUGAACUCGGAUGAUCAUGCUAAUUUCCUCCGCAAAAAUAACAAGAAUCCUGGUGAUUACAGGCCUGACAUUUGUCAUCAGGCACUUCUAUCGAUUUUAGAUAGCCCGCUAAAUAAAGCUGGGAGGUUGAAAGCGGUAUACAUAAGGACUGAAAAGGGCGUUCUUAUAGAGGUUAAGAACUAUGUUCGUAUUCCAAGAACAUUCAAACGGUUUGCUGGUGUCAUGUUGGAACUGCUUCAAAAAUUGAGUAUAUCUGCUGUUGGCAAGCGUGAGAAACUUCUCCGCACGAUAAAAAAUCCCAUAACCCAGCAUUUGCCUCCCAACUCGCGAAAAGCAGGUUUAUCGUUUAGUUCAGACAAGUUGGUAAACAUGAAUGACUAUUUAUCAACAAUUCCAAGCGAUCAGGACAUUGUCUUUGUGGUAGGAGCAAUGGCACAUGGGAAAGUUGAGACAGACUACACAGAUGAUUAUAUAGCUGUUUCUGGUUACCCUUUAAGUGCUGCUUACUGUAUUACAAGGAUUUGUAAUGCUAUUGAAGGAAAGUGGAACAUAUUGUGA